UCCUUUGUGACAUCAUCAAACAAGGUAAAACAUGGCUGCUUUCAAGGCUAUCUCAGUACUUAUUUUCUGUUCCUGGGCUGCUGCAGAUACUGCUGCUGAAUAUGGAAGCUGCUACAAGGAGCUAAGUGGUCCACUACCAAGCCAUAUUGUCACUACACCUCCACACAAGAGGCUCGAUUUUGAUGUAAUUCCGGAAUCUUUCGACUGGAGAAAUGUCAACAACACGUACUUUGUCACCCAGGUCACCAACCAGUUCCUACCCUCACCAUGUGGCUGUUGCUGGGCACUUGCAGCUGUUGGUUCGCUCACAGAUCGAAUGAUAAUCGCUACAAAAGCUAAAGUCCCAAUAGUCCCCCUGUCCCCUCAAGUUCUGCUUGAUUGCACUGACCCCGAUCUCGGCACAUGCAAAGGUGGUAGUGCACUCGGUGCUUACAAGUUCAUCUACAAGAAUGGCAUCACCGAUAUAACCUGCUCUCCAUUUAUGGGGGUGGAUGAUUUUUACUGGGCCGAACAGCCGUGCAAGGAGACCAUGUGCCGAACAUGUGAUCGAUUCGGUACCUGCAAGUUCAUCAACGGACCUACAUACUAUAUUUCUGAAUACGGGACAGUGCAAGGAGAGGACCAAAUGAAAGCCGAGAUCUUCGCUAGAGGUCCUAUAGCCUGCUCCGUUUAUGCUCAUAGUGAUCCGUUUGAGAAGUACACAGGGGGUAUUAUAGUUGACCCCGCCCAGUACAACAUGACCACACACGUGGUGGCCAUAACAGGCUGGGGGAAAGAUCAGGACACUGGAAUGGACUAUUGGAUUGGACGGAAUUCGUUUGGAACGGCUUGGGGAGAGCUGGGUUGGUUUCGACUUCAGAGAGGUGUGAAUGCUCUGGACAUUGAGAACCACACUUGUGCUUGGGCUGUGCCGAAAAUGUAACUGGCCUAAACGUAUUUUGUAUCGAUGUUCUUAACUUUCACUUUACAAUUAUUAAAUUUAUUUUCCCCGAUUGACGAAUUCAUAGUACUUUCACUAGAAGCUUAUACUUCAUGUUUACCAAUAAUGAUUCAUAUAUUUUAUAUAUAAUUACACAUAAAA